UUGUGCAUCCACGUCUCAUUACCCUCCAUCGACUCCAUUUCUUCGCAACAUGGACAGUCUUAAGUUAAAUCCUUUGGAGUUUCCGGAAAUCCUCUUACUCAUUGGCGAGUCGCUCGACCGAAGCGAUCUUCUAAGCUGUAUCCGCGUCUCCAAGUAUUUUCAUAGGAUUUUUAUCCGUCUCGUAUGGAGAGAGAUCACUAUCACAUCGAGCAGAAAUCCUACUGGUAGAACAAUAUAUAAGCAUAAGGGAUACAUCAAAGAGAUUAUAUUUAAUGAUUACACAUUCAGAGCCUCCUUCCCAAAGAUGUAUGGGCAGUUACAGGGCCUCAAGUCCAUUACAUAUGGAAAGAGAUGUAGAUGGCCUACACCGAUCCACCUUGUCAACCAGAUCAAGGUUCGCAGCUCCAUCAUCACUAGCUUUCGCUUGACCGCAAAAGAAGCUUCACUAGAGCUGUGGAAAGCUUUAUUGGAAUGCACCAACCUCAACCAUUUGGAGGUUUAUCACGUAUAUACCGAAGUUGCAGCCGACUUAUUCCUUCAAGUCUGCAAAAAAGUUAGGCACUUGGAAUUGGAUAAUGCAGCCUUUCAGCUACCUAUUAACUUCAUGAGUAGUGGCGACAGCGAAUAUCUUCUCCCAAAUAUACGCACGUUGCGUAUUCAUAAUGUCUCGAUAGUCAACAAUCGAUUCUCGUCCACUGGCUGGUAUUGUCUCGGGAUGUUGGUUAAGAAUUGUCCAGCAUUGUGUUCACUGAAUAUUGGCAACUACUCCAAGGGAGACCCAACUGCUCAUGCAAAAUUCUACAGGGUAGUACAUCACCAGCGUCCUUGGACUCUGAGUAAUCUAUCAGAUCUAUCUAUCAAUAUGCGAAUCAAUGACAAGGAUUUGGCAACACUUCUCAGACGGAUGACUAAAUUAAAACGGUUAUGCGCCCCUUAUGGUCUAAUUGAUGAACUCACUUUACAGGAAUUGCUAGCUGACAAGCAAGAGGUGAUGGAUAGUGGACAACUAGUACAAAAGACUAGACUCUGGAGGCUCUGUGAGACCGUCGAGACAUUGAAGUUGAAUGGACGCUCCGGUUUUGCUCAUACUAUUCUAUCAAACUGUCCGCGAUUGAAAAGCCUGGCUGGGGUUAAUAUUACGGUGACAGAGAUUAUCGAAGGAGCAGAAUGGGUUUGUACUGGGUUGACUCAACUGGCUAUCGAUCUUGAGGUAGAUGUUGAUCAAGAGACUGAAGAAGGCAUGACAAAGACACGCAUUGCCUUUAGACGACUUGGCAAGUUGACACAGCUAGAACAUAUUGAUCUAGCAGAUUGGAACUCAUAUUUUGAAGUAGAGUGGGCCUCAAGGGGUGUAUAUAGGCGGUCGCUAGACUUGAGAUUAAAAUCAGGUCUGGAUGAACUAGCCAAUCUGAAGAGACUACGUUCGCUGAGUUUUGAAAGGGAUAAACACCAGAGAAUACAGCUUGAGGAUGCGGAAUGGAUGGUGAACAAUUGGCCAAACCUUGAAUGCGUGCUUGGUGAUCUGAACGAGAGCAGUGUAGCUACUUUGCUGAAAAAGCAUAACAUAUCCACUAACCAAUAUUAAAGAAGAAACGAAGAGCAUUGUCACAUCCUAUCCUAACACAGAGACAGGGACCUUACACAUGAGCCUUUUAGUGCAUAUCCACUUCCUGAAAAUUGCAAUACAAUCUAUAUGAUGGUG